AUGGGGUUGGACAUUAAAUCAGUUCUCGUUGUGGACGGCGUGGGAGCUAACUGCACUGAGAUUCUAAACUCGCAUGGGAUACAAGUUACAAACAAGGCGAAAAUUUCAAAAGAGGACCUUUUAAAAGAAGUAGCCAACUAUGACGCCUUAGUGGUCCGAUCAGCAUCUCAAGUUACGAAGGAGGUAUUGCAGGCGGGCAGCAAGCUUAAAGUCGUAGGGCGCGCGGGGGCAGGCGUUGACAACAUAGACGUCAAAGCCGCCGGCGAUAGGGGAAUCGGCGUUAUUAAUGCCCCGGGCGCCAACGCUUUGAGCGCUUGCGAGCUGACCUGCGGGCUGACGAUGGCCUUGGCGAGGCACGUGGUGCCCGCAGCCACCGCGCUCAGAGCCGGCCGCUGGGACCGCGCACUUUACACGGGAACGGAACUGAACGGCAGAACGCUGGCGAUCCUCGGCCUCGGCAGAGUGGGAAGGGAGGUGGCCGUCCGCAUGCACGCAUUCGGAAUGAAGAUUAUUGGCUACGAUCCCUUCGUGACGGCGGCUCAAUGCGCCGAGUUUCAUGCCACGAAAAUGGAGCUGGAUGAAAUUUGGCCCCUUGCUGACUACAUUACACUUCACACGCCCCUCAUCGAGUCUACUCGGAACUUUAUCAACGCUGAUGUCUUGAAACGCUGCAAGAAAGGGAUCAAGAUAAUAAAUGUCGGACGUGGCGGACUCAUCAACGAGCGAGACUUCCUCGACGCUCUCAACUCGGGACAUGUCGGUGGCGCGGCGCUCGACGUGUUCGAGCAGGAGCCUCCGACGGACCCUCUGACCUUGGAGAUAAUUCAGCAUCCGGCCGUCGUGGCCACACCGCAUCUCGGUGCGUCGACCAAGGAGGCUCAAGUUCGCGUUGGCCAGGAAAUAGCCGAGCAGCUCGUGAACUUGGUGAAGCCCGGCACCUACGCCACGCCUCUGGCCGAGGUGACCCGCGUUCUUGCCAAG